AUGGCAGCCCUUGGCAGUGCAGGUAGUGGCAAGACAACGCUACUCCUGGCUUUGUUGGGCGAGGUGCCGUGUGUGUCCGGGCGAUGUGCGGCACCAAGCUUUCUAGCCAAAGCUGCAGGGAAGGUGGCCUACUGCGGUCUGCAGCCGCAGCUUAUCCGGGGCAGCGUCUGCGAGAACGUGCUGUUUGGCAGGCCGUAUGACCAUGACCGCUACCUGGACACCAUGGCCGCCUGUGGUCUCGCUGACUUAGCGAAGGAGACUGGCCACUGGCCAGGUCACUUGAAGGAGGAGGCCACGGCAAAUGCGUACGCCUCGGUGCUCUGCACUGGCAUCACUUGCGUGCGGGUUAUGCUGCGGUGCGCGACCGAGGCCGUGUCCACACGGGCUCCUCAAGUGCCCCAAAUCUCAGGCGCAUCGUACUGCAUAGACGAGAGGAACAGACCAGUCAGCCUGGAUUCUUCUUCCACAGUGUCUAACCUAUCGGCAGAGGCUGACACACUGUACGUGCAUGUAAACACAUACAAGAAAUAUCAUGCCACACCAGGCACUCAUGCACACACGCAUUUACACAUGCCAGACACAUCCAAAUACAGUGACAUUUACUUACAUCUGCUCACCGAGCCAAGUACAUAA